CGAGGGCGGCUGCGGUCCCGGCGGCGGCGGGAGAAGAUGGUGGCGCUGGAGGUAGGAGCGGCUGGAGCGGAGCUUUAUUCCCAGGCUUGGCACCAGCGCUGUCAUUAGCGCCGCCUGCUCCCGCGGGCCCGCGGACCCAGCUGUCAGGCAAGACGCGCGGAGCAAAAUGAGAGCGCAGUGAGCCGGCCCAGCCUCGCUCCCAGCCCGCCCGACGCCCACCAUGAACCACUUGGAGGGCUCCGCGGAGGUGGAGGUGACCGAUGAGGCGGCAGGCGGGGAGGUGAAUGAGUCGGUGGAGGCCGACCUGGAGCACCCCGAGGUGGACGAGGAGCAGCGGCAGCGGCGGCCGCCGCAGCAGCGCUAUGCGGGCCGCCCCGGGCGCGGGCGCGCCGUCGACGACCUCCGCGCCCCGCCGGGGCCUCAGGAGGAGGAGGAGCGAGGGGAGUGCCUGGCGCGCUCGGCCAGCACGGAGAGCGGCUUCCACAACCACACGGACACGGCCGAGGGCGACGUGAUCGCCGCGGCCCGCGACGGCUACGACGCGGAGCGCGCGCAGGACCCCGAAGACGAGAGCGCCUACGCCGUGCAGUACCGGCCCGAGGCCGAGGAGUACACGGAGCAGGCGGAGGCCGAGCACGCCGAGGCCACGCACCGCCGCGCGCUGCCCAACCACCUGCACUUCCACUCGCUGGAGCACGAGGAGGCGAUGAACGCCGCCUACUCGGGCUACGUGUACACGCACCGGCUGUUCCACCGCGGCGAGGACGAGCCCUACGCCGAGCCCUACGCCGACUACGGGGGCCUCCAGGAGCACGUGUACGAGGAGAUCGGGGACGCGCCCGAGCUGGAGGCGCGCGACGGGCUGCGGCUGUACGAGCAGGAGCGCGACGAGGCCGCCGCGUACCGCCAGGAGGCCCUGGGCGCGCGACUGCACCACUAUGACGAGCGCUCGGACGGCGAGUCCGACAGCCCCGAGAAGGAGGCCGAGUUCGCGCCCUACCCGCGCAUGGACAGCUACGAGCAGGAGGAGGACAUCGACCAGAUCGUGGCCGAGGUCAAGCAGAGCAUGAGCUCGCAGAGCCUUGACAAGGCGGCCGAGGACAUGCCCGAGGCCGAGCAGGACCUGGAGCGCGCCCCCACCCCGGGCGGGGGCCGCCCCGACAGCCCCGGGCAGCAGGCGCCGGCGGCGGGGCAGCAGCGGCCGGCGGGCACGGCGGGAGGCGAGGCGGGCCAGCGGUACAGCAAGGAGAAAAGGGACGCCAUCUCGCUGGCCAUCAAGGACAUCAAAGAGGCCAUCGAGGAGGUGAAAACCAGGACCAUCCGUUCGCCUUACACGCCCGACGAGCCCAAAGAGCCCAUCUGGGUCAUGCGCCAGGACAUUAGCCCCACGAGGGAUUGUGACGACCAGAGGCCGGUGGAUGGAGAUUCUCCGUCUCCUGGCAGUUCCUCCCCGCUGGGUGCAGAGUCCUCGAGCACAGCCCUCCACCCCAGCGACCCCAUGGAGGCCUCCUCCAAUAAAGAGUCAAGAAAAAGCUUGGCUUCAUUUCCCACCUACGUUGAAGUUCCUGGACCCUGUGACCCCGAGGACUUGAUCGAUGGGAUCAUUUUUGCUGCCAAUUACCUUGGUUCCACCCAGCUGCUGUCGGACAAAACCCCCUCCAAAAACGUGCGCAUGAUGCAGGCCCAGGAAGCCGUGAGCAGGAUCAAGAUGGCCCAGAAAUUAGCCAAAAGCAGAAAGAAGGCUCCUGAAGGUGAAUCUCAGCCAAUGACCGAGGUGGAUCUCUUCAUUUCUACUCAGAGAAUCAAAGUACUGAAUGCCGAUACACAGGAGACGAUGAUGGACCACCCUCUGAGGACCAUUUCCUAUAUAGCAGACAUCGGGAACAUCGUCGUGCUGAUGGCCCGCAGGCGGAUGCCCCGCUCCAACUCCCAGGAGAACGUGGAAGCCUCCCACCCAUCCCAGGAUGGAAAAAGGCAGUACAAGAUGAUCUGCCACGUAUUUGAGUCUGAGGAUGCCCAGCUGAUCGCACAGUCCAUUGGGCAGGCAUUCAGCGUGGCAUACCAGGAAUUCCUCAGAGCUAACGGGAUCAACCCUGAAGAUCUCAGCCAGAAGGAGUAUAGUGACCUGCUCAACACCCAGGACAUGUACAACGAUGACCUGAUCCACUUCUCCAAGUCGGAAAACUGCAAAGAUGUCUUCAUAGAGAAGCAGAAAGGAGAAAUCCUAGGUGUGGUCAUCGUGGAGUCUGGCUGGGGAUCCAUCUUGCCAACCGUGAUCAUAGCCAACAUGAUGCACGGAGGGCCUGCCGAGAAAUCAGGGAAGCUGAACAUCGGGGACCAGAUCAUGUCCAUAAACGGCACCAGCCUGGUGGGCUUGCCUCUGUCCACCUGCCAGAGCAUCAUUAAGGGCCUGAAGAACCAGCCCCGGGUGAAGCUGAACAUCGUGAGGUGUCCGCCAGUGACCACCGUGUUGAUCAGGAGACCGGACCUGCGCUACCAGCUGGGUUUCAGCGUCCAGAACGGAAUCAUCUGCAGCCUCAUGCGAGGGGGGAUAGCAGAGAGAGGCGGCGUCCGCGUGGGACACCGGAUCAUUGAGAUCAACGGGCAGAGCGUGGUGGCCACGCCACACGAGAAGAUCGUCCACAUCCUCUCCAGUGCGGUGGGGGAGAUCCACAUGAAGACGAUGCCAGCGGCCAUGUACAGACUGCUGACGGCCCAGGAGCAGCCCGUUUACAUCUGAGGCCGCGCGCCUGCCUGGCCGCUUGCAUGGAGGCCUGUCCUCACUCGUGGUGUGUUUCUCGUGCUGCAUCUGUGUGCCCACCGAGACCCUUCCCUCUCACGCCCAGCACCGGUUCUCUGCAGAAGAGAAGAAGCCGCAGACCUCUUUGCCCUGUCUCUCUCUGGUUUGCAAUUUUGUUUUCUUUUGUUUUUUAAACGCCAGGGACGUUUUGUCUGCGCUCACUUGAGGAUAGAGAGCAGCCGCUAGCCACCGGGUCCUGGCCCAGGCCGGCACCAUCCUGAAGGGCCCUCGGGGGUUCCGAGGGAGGCCGUCACUGCUCAAGGGCAGUGAGUCCGGCCGCGGUUCCUGGCUCUCCGUCGGGCUGACAGCAGGC